AUGGUAUCGGUCGAUGCGCUUCAAUCCUCCGUCAACGAAUUCGCGAAAGAAAAUGGAUUUGGUGUUGUCAGGCACAACGGUUCCGGCAGCCGAGUGCGGAAGACCAGAUAUGUGUUCCAGUGUGAUCGAUACGGCGAGCCACGCACAUCAAGAGGCGCAGGUCUCCGCCAAAGGCGGUCGCGCAAGUGCGGCUGUAAGUGGAAGAUUAUUGCGGAGGCCCUGGAACAGAACGACUACAGGUGGACGCUGCGGGCGUUUGCCGACCCUCAGCACAGCCAACACAACCACGACCGUACCAUGAGUCUGUCAGCGCAUCCAGUCCAUCGGAGACUUACUGACUCUGUCAAGGCAACUAUUGAAGCGACAAGCCGACGAGUAGGAAUAAGGGCGCGUGAUGUCCGUGGCAUCGUUCAAGAAAAGCAUCUCGGAACGCACUACACAAGAAAGGACAUAUACAACGCUAGGACACUCUUGCGCCGCGAAAAGCUUGGCGGAUUGGGUCCGACAGCCGCCUUGAUCAAGCUGUUUGACGAGAGGGCCAUUCCAUAUAUCGUCAAGUGGUCGGAGACAGAGCCUGAUCGCCUCGUUGGCCUCCUAUUCACCUUUCCAUAUUGUCUCCGAAUGUGGAAACGAUUUCCGGAAAUAAUGAGCUUCGACAACACGUACAAUACAAACCGCUUCAAGCUCCCGCUCUUCCAGGUAACGGGGCAAACAUGCCUGAAGUCUGUCUACAACGCCGCAUUCGGUUUGAUCGAUAACGAGCGUCGUGAGGGGUUCCAAUUCCUCACUGAAGCGGUCAGAGAAUUGACCGAGAGGCGUGGGAUUCCGCUACCAGACGUUGUUAUCACCGACUACGAUAAGGCGAUGAAGGAAGCACUAGACAACCAAUUCCCCGACAGCCAGCAACAGCUUUGUAUCCACCAUAUCAACGCAAACGUUCUUCUUAAUGCGAAACGGAAGUGGAAGAACGCAAAAGAAGGUGGGGAAAGCGAUGGAGACGGUAGCUCUUGCAGGGAGCAGACACAGAUGGCAUUGACUCCGAGGGAUAUGGAAGCUGUGCUCGUAGCAGAGAGGCAAGACAACCCGCUGCCCCAGGGCAACCUUGCUGCACCUGUGCCGCACAACUACCGUGGCGUCCUCGAACUGCGGAAGUUGGUGGCUUUUGCAGAGACCAGGGAAGAACACGAGAAGGCUUGGGCGGGCCUAUGUGACGAGUUCAACGACCAGCCGGCCAUCCUUAUGUACCUGUACAACACGUACCUGCCCAUACGAGCACAGUGGGCACAAUGUUUCAUCAAGAAGUACCGCAAUUUUGGAGGUCGGGUGACCUCUGGUACCGAGGCCAGCAACAACAAUAUCAAGAGCUACCUGCUCAAUGGGAUGAGCCAUUUGUACUCACUCGUCGAGGCUGUUGAGGCUAUGUUGAGAGAUCAAGAGCGAGACUUCAUCGAUGCCUGCUCGCAGGAUGAGGUGCUGACCUCUCGGACAUAUUCUGGCCCUGGUUCAGAGUGA